AUGUUAUUAAAACAAAAUGCAAUUUCAAGUGCUCUUAAAGAACUUAAUGACUCUCAAACUAAUCCUAAAUCACCAAGUUAUAGAAGUCUUGCAAAAAAAUAUAGCAUCCCAGAAACCACUUUCAGACAUGCUAUUAAAAAUGAUGGCUCUCUUGAUCGUUCAGGCCUAGCCAAAGUUUUAACUAACCAUGAAGAGCAACAACUUGUCGGUUAUUGUUUAAAUAUGCAGAGGCUUGGGUUUGGAUUGGCAAGGUCAGGGGUAAACCAAUGCAUAAUAGAUAUUGUUCAACAAGUAACAGAUCCCACCCCUUUAAAGAAAGUAGACCAGACAGGCUUCAUCAUUAAUCCAACUCUUCAAAAAGUAAUCGCAAAGAAGGAUGCCCAUCAAGUUCAUCAAGUUUCAUAUAAAAAUUCUCAAAAACACAUUUCUGUGUGUACAACAAUCUCAGCAGCCGAUAUGUAUAUACUGCCAUUAAUUAUCUACAAAGGAAAGCACAUGAUUCCUGGCCUCUUAAAUGGUGUACCUGCAGGUUCUGUUAUGGAAUUUACAGAUACCGGCUAUAUGAAAAAAUGCCUUUUUCAAAAAUAUAUCAAACAUUUCAUUUGUUCAAUUCCAUCUACUUGCCCUGUUUUAUUAAUUCUUGAUGGUCAUAAAAGCCAUAUUAGUUAUGCUUGUGUUAGUCUUUGCUACAACAACAACAUUCUUCUUUAUGCAUUUCUGCUCCACACAACCUAUAUACUUCAACCUGCAGAACUUCCUUUCACUCAUCUCAAACAAGCUUAUGAUAAAGCUUCUUCUAACCUAGAUCCAAAUUCUACACUUAUCUCUAAUAAAAAAAAGUUAUUAAAAACUGAGAUUAAAACACUUAAUAUUAGGAUUGAGCAGUUAGAAGCAGAGUUGAAAGUGACAAAAGAUGAAUUAAAAACUUUUAAAAGCCUUGGCACUUGCUCUUUAUGUUUAGCACUUAAGUAUCCUCUUCCUCAUACUCUACAGUCAGUUGAAAAUUCAGAUCAAGCUGUAAACCAGCCAGAAGCAAGUUUACAAAAAAGAAAAAAAAGGAAAACUAUGUCAUUUUCCCAACUUCUUACAAAUGAAACAUUCUUGAGGUUAUUAAAAGAUAUAGAGGAGGAAGCUGAGAGAAAAGCUAAUGAGAACAAACAAAAAAAAGAGGCUGCUGUGCAAAAAUGA